ACUGGUCACUAGUCACUAUCAAGCAGCCUAAAAAGUAUCGACUCUUCUUUAUCAAAAAAGUUUACACAAACACUUUCUCUCCACUGAACUCAUUUUCUCUCUUCUUCUUCAUCAUCAUCAUCAAUGGAUGAGAUAAAACCAAAGAAAGAAGAGAAUUCCAAACGACGUCGUAACGUCAAACCCAUUUGCCGUGAAACUGGAGACCACGUCCAUUAUCUUCCAACAUGCAAAACCAAGCCCAAACCCACGCGUACUCAUCACGCGCCACCACCGAUCCUCGACUCAAUCUUCAAAGUCACUCACAAGCCACACUACUACGAAUGCAGGAAGAAUCACGCCGCUGAUAUCGGAACCACCGCUUACGACGGCUGCGGCGAGUUUGUUAGCUCCACCGGUGAAGAAGAUUCUUUAAACUGCGCCGCAUGUGGCUGUCACCGUAACUUCCACCGUGAAGAGUUAAUCCCGGAGAACGGCGGCGUUACUGAGACGGUUCUUGAAGUUCUCAAGAUUUCAUCGUGUCAGUUUCGUCGGAUCUUUUGCUCACCUUACGGCGGUGGAAAAAGCGAAGGAAAGAAGAAGAAGAAGGAGAAGGAGAGUUAUGGAGGGGAUCCGAUAAUUAAAGAUCGAUUCGGCGGUGCGGAGGAGGAGGAGGGGAUAGUGAAGAGGUUGAAAACGAAGUUCACGGCGGAGCAAACGGAGAAAAUGAGGGAUUAUGCGGAGAAGCUUCGGUGGAAGGUGAGACCUGAGAGGCAGGAGGAGGUUGAAGAGUUUUGUGUAGAGAUUGGAGUGAAUCGGAAGAAUUUUAGGAUUUGGAUGAAUAAUCACAAGGAUAAAAUUAUAAUUGAUGAAUGAUUAUUUACCAAACUUAAUUGUGUUACUUUUCUUUUCAUUCUACUUUGUUUUAAUUUGUGUUUGAUUUAGUGUAAUGUAUAAAUAACAAGCUCAUUAUUGGCUAAAACCAAUUGUGGAGAAGGAUUUGCCACAACCUUCGUAAUCAAUAGUUUUAAUGCAAGAAGUAAGUAAUAUUUCGUUUGGAUUUC